AUGACAUUUGUAUCAUCAUCACCAUCUAAACUAUCAGCAACAUACUUGUCAUCUAAGAAAUUACCACCGCCUCCGCCUCUACCACCUCAUGACCCUCCAAUACAUAGCCAACACCACAAGGAGACUUCAGAAAUUCUCAAAUCACAUCCACAGCUUGGUUCAGUGCCCGUCAUGAAUUCCACAGAUAGUAAGGACCAUCGCCAGCGACACAGCCACGUUGAUGUUGGAUAUGAAACUAGCAGCAGUUUUAGCCCCGAAAGUAAUGGCAGCAUCAGCAAUGGUAACCUUGAUGUACGCGAUUACAAACUGCGAAUAUCCACCUCGUCUUCCUCGCCGCCAUCAAACCAGCCACUCAACGCAACACCGAUACAACAAUCAGGAUCCAUCAACUCCAUGCUAAGUCAAGAGGAUGUUGAAUACUAUUAUACAAAAGUCAUCAACUACGAAUUCAGGAGCCUACAAUUGGAUACUGAUCUUCAAACAAAAUCACUUUUUGAUCUCAUUGAUUAUUGCGAAUCUCUAUAUGAGAGUGCCAAUGAAUCGACCGAUCACUUGCAAGCUAUCAAAAGUUAUACAAAGGGAUUUUUGAUUUUCAAUUACUUCAUAAACAGUUUUGUCAUGUUUCAUUUCGAUGGAUUUGAUGCAUUCAUUGAACUGAAUGAACAAGAUUUCAUCAUAUAUUUAAAUAUCUUUGCAUUCUACAAUACCGACCAAGUUUUCCAAAAUGGAAAUUAUACUGUGACGUCUACUGAGUUACGGCUGUACAUCAAACUGUAUCUUACCAAGAAGAAUUUGUUGAGUUUCGAUCUCGAAGAAUUAUAUGAGUGGUUGUUUCAGUAUAUAAACUACCUCCGAGAGAAAGACCAGGUUGGAGGUGGUGAAGAAGAAUCUUAUGAUGCCCUGGAACCAAACAGGGCAUUUGUGGAUGAAACUGAAAGCAGCAGUGUUAGCAGUCGAUAUGAGGACCAGUUUCAUGGCACCAAAAGCACCAACAAUGGCUCAAGUGAUGAGUCUAAUGAAUUUGAUGAUGAGUUGUCAUUUGUUAAAACGGAUUAUCCACCGGUGCUGAGGGUCGGUCAAAGCUCUCGUCAAUCGUCCUUGGGUUCUCUUGACGGAUUCAAAGUGCGCUAUCCAUCUGUGCAUUUGCCAAAACAGAACGGUCUGAUUAAUCCACCAUUGGAUAAGACAGUCAAUGCUAAAGCAAUGAAAAAGCCACCUCCACCUAUUCCGCUUACAGUGCCGCCGAAUUUGCCCAAUCAGAAGCUGACUUCUGCCUCAGUAAACAUUGCAGAGGAUUCUCGUGCGACGAAUGGUCAUUUGGGUAGAAAUGGCAAGGUCAAGGAGUCUGACAAGAUUCAUAAUCAUCACAACCACCACCACAGCCACAGCCACAGCCACAAUCGCAGCCACAGUCCUGAAAAUCAUGAAAACCCAUACCCGAAAGAUGACAUUGUUUCAAAAAUAGGUGUCGAGGAUGUAAUUCUAACAAAUGUCUCUGAAAACACUGGUCUGCUCAAUGAUCCGUUGCGGUACGAUCGUGCAUCAACUAGACCCCGCAUUUCCACAACCCAAUCUGAAAACUUGAACGCAAGACGUGAUGUUCUUGAUCCAUCACUGACAAAUCAGAGGUAUUUCCAGACAACCCACUCUGCGCCGAACGGUCGUCAACAUUUGCAUCCACAAACUAGUGCAUCUUUUUAUCAGCAUUCUACCACCCCAAUGCCGUCGUUUCCUCCUCCUUCAGAACCACAGCAUCAGCCUGUAUUGUAUCCAGAUUUCGGUCCAUCCCAUAGUAAUGGCAGUACUAUGCAAUAUCAAUAUCCUACCAACUUUUACCAAUACCCUCAACAAUACCAUCAGUCCAAUUACCCACAACUAUACGCUCAUCCUUCUUCACAUGGACAUCCAAUGAUACCGGCUCAUGUAUUAGAACAACAGGAACAAAUCAAACUGAGAAAGAUGAGCAUAUUAAAGGAUUACGCUAUUUGCGGGUUGAGAAACUUUGGAUCAUCAUGCUAUAUCAAUUCCACCAUACAAAUGCUCUUUGGUGUCUAUUCAUUCAAAGUCAUAUUCAAUCGUGGGUAUCAAAAAUAUGUCAGGGAUCCCAGUUUUGUAAAGGUUAUGCAACAUCCCAACUCUCACAAGAAGGAUUCGGUUUUAUUGAGUGAGGCAAUUGCAGGAUUGUUGCGCACCUUUCAACAAAAUGGGGGUGUUUCAGUCUCACCCACGAAGUUCAUUCGCGUUACCUCGUUGUUGAAACCGAACUUUAACAUCCCCCAUGAACAACAGGAUUCGCAGGAGUUUCUUUUGUUUCUUUUAGAAAGACUACAUGCUGAGCUUUGUGACAAAACUACGGAUAAUUUUGAUCCUGCGAUUUUGUGUGCAAAAUGGAAUAUCAAUGUGUCUAUUGAGAGUCAGCCGUCUUAUUUCAAGUGGUGGAAGUCUUUACACGAACAAGAAGGGUCAAGCCCAAUACUGGACUUGUUUCAGGGGCAUUUGCAAAACAAACUUCGUUGUAACAAGUGCGGUUAUGAAUCAAUUACCUAUUCAACAUUUUCGAUACUCUCAUUGCCUAUACCAAAUACAAAGAGAGCCAAUGAAGUUGUUGAUUUAACGUCAUGCCUCAGUUACUACAUUCAAGAUGAAACACUUUCCGGGGAAAAUGCAUGGAGAUGCCCCAAAUGCCAUGGAGAAGUACCAACGGUAGAGAAUCAUCCAGUAUUUGUGCAGAAAAAGGGACUAUUCAAGUUAGGUAAAUCAAAAAAAUCAUCAUCAACAUCCGAUGGCAGUAAAUCUUCAUCAGCAGACACAAUAUCUACCAAAUCACUCAGUUUUGUUAAAUUGCCUCCAGUAUUAUUCAUCCAUUUGUCAAGGUUUUCGAUGUACAACUUGACUGAUAAACUAAACACUCCCAUUCGGUAUCCGAUUGAGCUUCACUUCAACAAUGAAGGACACAAAAUUGUGUACAAGAUUUCUGGGGUCAUUAACCACUAUGGUAAUUUGAAAAGCGGUCAUUAUACUGCGUUAAUUAACAAAUCGACAGUAAACGAGCUGAAACAUGACUUGGAAAAUUUAAAACACCCUUGUUGGUGUAACUUUGAUGACGAAAAUGUCCGACCAAAUCUCAGCAACGGUACCUUGAGGUUUGGUGUUGAUGGACGCGGUCAAGAUGUGACACAAAUGAUAUCGACAGAUGUGUAUGUAUUGUGUUAUGAACGUGUUGACGCUUGA